AUGCAAGAACACGGAGGGCGCGGCGGUUGGGCUUCUUCGCAGCAGAAGACACGCACCAGUCAUCACCUACAACCUCUGGCUCCGCGGACGGACAAGCUCGAUUCUUCUUCUUCUAUGCACUUUCGUCCAUCUGGCUUAACCGCAACUUCAACUUCAUCUUCCACCUCGGCGGGUUCCAGCAGGGCCACUCGUCUGUCACAUCGCUCUCGAGCUGGUUGUUGGACGUGUCGUGGCAGAAAGGUGAAAUGUGACGAAACUCUGUUGUCGCUGCUGCUGCUGCUGCUCCGUUCCGCUGACUGUAUGUCUACAUUCACAGGCCCCCGAUGUGGACCCUGCACAAGACUCAACAGAGAAUGCGACUGGCAUCAUCGAUGGAACUUCAGCGAUGCUACUCCGACCGUCCAGGUCAGAUUCCAGAAUGUGGUGAAGAAAGAGGGCAAUGUGGUGUGGGACCCCAAGGCCGCACAGGAGAGGAACAGAAGCCCCCUCCCCCUUUCAGACCACUUACCCGACUUUUCAGUGCUCACUUCGGACGAGGACCGAGAGAGAAAGGCUGUGGUACAUAAGCCAGGCACGUUUGGCGUCGUGGUCACGCCGGACAGCUUUCGUGAUUUGCCGGAAUAUGCGACUGUGGGCCAUUCUUCGUCGUUCAGGAGUCGACAAGGGGGAUCUGGCCGCCCUGGGUCUGAAAUCGGCCGAUCUGUUGCGCUCCCCAUCGAUACCAAUACUGUCAUACUGGACAAGUUCGAGGAUGUCUCGCCUGUAAAAGUAGCCUCGACCUCAUCCUCUGGAGGCGGCCGUAGUGAAGACUUUGGCGAGCACAUGCAGCGGCUUUCCAUCACCUCGCCACCGCCGCCGCCACCAUACAUUCCCAGUGUAAUCAUAGCACCCAUCAAUCCUACUGUGUCACAAGACCAUCAUCUGCUCCAACAUUUUCGAAACUACAUCGUUCCACGGCUUGUCCAGCCGCAGGCAGAUGGAAUCAUUUCUCAAGGCUCGACCAGAGAUGUUUUAGAACGUGAAGCUUUACGCUUCCCCCCUUUACAUCAUGCAAUAUGUGCCAUCAGUGCACUCCAUCUGGCAUACAACGGCCAAUCUUCCUUGGCAGAAGCCAUGCAGCAUUAUCAUCAAGCUCUCGCGGUUUCCUCCACCACCACCACCACCACCACCAGCAACAUCAACAACGACUUACUUUCUGACGGAGUCUUCUUCCGACACUAUCUCCUCUUCGUAUAUGACAUUUGCAUCCCCGUCCAAUCCGACGACGCUGGCACAGACAUGUCCGCAGAACAUCUCGAUCACCUCCGACGCAUUGCCGUCCAUAGACAUCACCAUUUUGGCGGCCGCGAACCUCAUGCUUACACUAUCUGGUCCAUCUGCCAACUCGACGUGUAUGCCUGCUUGAUGGGCAGUGGAACGUGUGAGUUUGUGCAAACAAUUGUGCGGAAUCAUAUGCUUCCGGCUUUGGAGCAUCAGGUGCCUUCUUAUGACACCCCGGGAGGAGCAGGUUUACCUCCUCAUGAAAUUUCCACCUUUCCUGCUAUUCUUCGGCUACAUGAAGGCAUUGUUCUUCGAGCUGCACGAAUCGCUCAAAUUGCUCAGAUGCUUCGAGGCGAAUAUUCUGCUGUGGUUGACACUUGCAGUAUUAACAAUCGCAAUUACAUUCACAACGAUAACGACAGCAAGCAAAAUCCAUCAUCAUCGUCAAUCCCAAUCCCACAAGAGAAAUAUCUUCGCUGGAUCGCAAUGAUCACACAAGCUCGAACGGAUUUGCAUGAUUUUUGGUCGAGAGCUCUUCCGGGUUAUCUUGCCUCCUCCUCCUCCUCCUCUACUUUAAACAACAACUUCCUGCCGACUCGCGUCCAGGCAGUUUUCGAAUCCGCUACUUUGCUCUAUCAUGCUAUGAUGAUUUAUUCUUGGACCAGUAUGUUUCCUCGGCAGAGGUGGUAUUGUUGUUGUUAUUAUAGUGCUGCUGUGAUUUCGUCGUCGUUGGCAGAAGGAGGAGGAGGAGGAGCGAGAGGAAUAACAACGACGACAACGACAAAAACGCAAUCUUCAUCGAUAAAGGGAAGAGAAGGAAAAGAAAGAAGAAGAAGAAGAACACCAUCAUCAUCAUCAUCAUCAUCAUCAUCAUCAUCAUCGGUGAGGACGACGGUCAUAUCUCCGACAGCUGCACCAGCAACAGCCGCAGCAACACCAGCAACAGCAACAGCGUCGACGACAACGGGAAUAGAAGCCCAUAUUACAUCUAUCCUCACCCUUGCGACUCGCCAAAUUCAUCAUCAUCAUCAUCAUCAGGAAAGAGGAGCAGUCGAAAGAGGAAGAGGAAGAGGAAGAGCAGGAUCCCUGAAUCGACAAAAUCUCGUUUUUGCACUCUUUAUCGCGGGAGUAGCUGCCGCAACGACAACGACAGUAACAACGACGGCGGCGAAUGAGAAUGAAAAGAAGCAAAAGAAACAAAGUUGGAAAAAUCAAACGAUAAAUUUGAUAAGGGUGUUGGAAGUAUAUGGAGGAAUUGGACAGAAUACUUUUCGGAUGAGGAGGUUGUUGGAGAGGGUUUUUGAGAAGCUGGAGGAAGAGGAAGAUGAGGAAGAGGAGGAGGAAGAAGGAGAAAAAGAUGUGGAUUGGUUGGCGAUGGCGAGGGAAAUGGGAUUGGGAGCUGUGGGGAAUUGUGGAUUGUAA